AUGCCGCUGUCAGACCGCACCGCAGUCUCGUCACUGAAGAAAGCAAUGUACAUUGGCGCUCAUGUGAGCGCAGCUGGUGGCGUCAACAACUCCGUCGCCAAUGCCGUGCAUAUUGGCGCCAACGCGUUUGCGCUCUUCCUCAAAUCGCAGCGCAAAUGGGACAAUCCACCCAUUGCGUCCGAGGCCAAGGACUUGUUCGUGAGCGGCUGCUCGCACCAUGGCUACAAAGCUGCCGAACACGCCCUCCCGCACGGCUCGUACCUCAUUAACCUGGCGCAGUCAGAUCCAGCCAAAGCGGCGCAGGCGUAUAACGCCUUUGUCGAUGACCUAGCACGUUGCGAGCAGCUAGGCAUCAAGCUCUACAACUUCCACCCAGGUUCCACGCUUGGCGACAACCGCGAGGCCGCCAUUGGCCGCAUCGGGGCCCAGCUCAACAAAUCGCACAAGGCCACGACCAGCGUCAUCACUGUGCUAGAGAACAUGGCUGGUAGUGGCAACGUCAUUGGCUCAACCUGGGAGGACCUGCGGGAUAUCAUAGCCCUGGUAGACGACAAGUCCCGCGUCGGUGUAUGCAUCGAUACAUGCCAUGCCUUCGCCGCCGGUCAUGACCUGCGCACGCCAGAAGCAUUCGGCAAAACGCUAGACAAUUUCAAGAAGAUUGUUGGGAUCAAGUACCUAAAAGCAUUCCACCGCACGUUGAACGACAGCAAGGCCCCCUUUGCCUCGAACCGAGAUUUACACGCCAAUAUUGGUACAGGCUUUCUCGGCUUACGCGCCUUCCACAGCGUCAUGAACGAAGACGCCUUUUGCGGCCUGCCCAUGGUCCUCGAGACGCCCAUUGACAAAAAGGACGCCAAGGGCAAGAGCAUCGAGGACAAGCAGGUCUGGGCCGACGAGAUCAAGCUCCUCGAGAGCCUCAUCGGCAUGGAUGCCGAUAGUGACGAGUUCGCUGCGCUAGAGAAAGAGCUCAAGGAGCGUGGCACAGCUGAACGGCAGCGGAUACAGGACCAAGUGGACAAGAAGAGCGCCAAAGCCAGUGGCAAAAAGCCAACGGCGGCGAAGAAGAAGAGGGUUGCUGAUACCGACGAUGAGAGCGACUGA